AUGAAAGCUUUGUUAAAUGUCCCUCCUUUGGUGCUUCUACACUGCACCCUCUUGCUCUACCUCACUCGCUCCCUAUGCCCACACCCCCCUCAGAGGAGGGAGCUCCUGGACACGCUUGGGAUCCCCCCCUUGCCGGACCUGCUGCCGGACCGGCUCGUGGCUCCUCUUCUCGAAGGCGUGGUGGAGCACAAGCGCCUGCACUUCCUCUACACCGCAUCCAUGCUUCUGUACUGGAACAACGGCGAGAUGCAACACAUGGAGAUGAGCAAAACAGAUGGGGCGCUGAGGACGGAAGAGGAGCUGAGGGAGUUGGAGGGGAGCGGGUGGGAGGGGAAGGAGGAGUGGCUGAUCCGGGAGGAGGUGGACACGUGGCGCAACGCGCUGUUCAGAUCGUGGCCUGUCUUUGAGCUUUCACGUGAGGCAGCGCUAAGCUGGGCGUGGUCUGGGGAGGAGGAGAGGGUGAGGGAAUGGUGUGUGGAGAUCAGGCAGAAGGAGAGGGAGUUUGAGAAGAUCAGUAGGUGGAAGGAGAGGGUUCUAGUGGAUAAGAUGCAUGCUGCUGCUGCUAGUACAGCUGGUCCCGCUGCUGCUGGGGGUGAGAGUGAGGUGGGAGGCGGGCUGAAAAUCGCGCCUGCGUACCUAGUACCGUGGGUGGGGGGGGUGAACCCGUUUGCAUGCCUGCGGGAGAUGCUGCUGGGGGAGACGUGCUACUGGGAGCUCUCAAACGGGCGGAGGGUUGGGGUGAAUAACUACGGGCGAAUCGACUCGCCCAGCGAUGACAUCCGUGUAGCCAUGGCGAAGAACGCGAGCAAGGCGGGAAGUCCUACCGCCGCCUCCAGUGCGAGCUGUGACGGGGACGACGGAGACGAAGCAAACGGCGACGACGCCGAGGAGGAUUGGCCGGAGAACGGCCACGACGACAGCGCUUCGGGCGACGAAUUAGGUCCUGCCGACAUCGAGGAGGACGAAUGGUGGAAUCGGCCGGUCGGGAGCGACGACGAGGUGGAAGAGUGGCGGGCUGGUGAUUCCGACAACGACGGAGGUGAAGAUGCGCAUGGUGACAACGCGGAGGCAGCGGCGGAUGCACAGGAAGCGGCGGUGGAUGCGAAUGAGGUGGCUGACGACGAGGCGGGGGCGGAACUUGAGACAAUUGCGCCUGCGGAUGCGGCCGCAAUUGCGGAUGCGGAUGCUGUGGCGGAGUCGGACAAGGUUGCUGCGGAUGCCGUCUUAUUUGACGAGGAAGGCGGCGACGACGACCCAUGGAGCCUUGGGACCGACGACGACAUUCCGCUACUGAAGCGGAGGUUGCGCCAUCGCCUACAGUCCAAGUCGAAGCGGGCCUGCGUGGUGCUCUCUGACGACAACGGUCCGGGGGAGGAGCGUCGCCCGAUACUCACCGCUGCGGAGAAGAGGAAAGCCAAGGUCGCGGAAGCCCCUGCUAAGGCCCCUGCUAAGGCCCCUGCUCGUCGCCGCACAAGCAACAAGAAGCGGACAUCCGACGGAGACCCGGGAUGCAGCAAGGGUGCAGCUAAGAAGAAGGCGAAGAAGGCGCCAAAUCCUGACGACAUCGUCGUGAACGAGAGGUUGGGCAGCGACGAUGAGUACGCGGCGGCGGCGGGCCCGAUUCCCACGUUCCUUGAGAAGCUGCGGAGACCUCCACACCCCGUGGUGCUGCAGUGGAUCGCGGAGGCUUGGGAUCAAGUCCCCAAGCAGAUCAUCAUCGACACGUUCCGCCACUAUGGGAUCUCGAGCAAGCUGGACGGAACGGAGAACCACCUGGUGAUGUCUCACCUGCGCGCCAGGAGCACCACCGAUGUCUCCGCGGACAUGUCCCUCGGGGGGAUCACAGGCGAGAACACGCGCCUGCUCGGUCGGGCUCCAGAGGAGGAGGAGGAGGAGGAGGAGGAGGAGGAGGAGGAGGAGGAGGAGGAGGAGGAGGAGGAGGAGGAGGAGGAGGAGGUGAUGCAGACGGAGGGCGUGCGGGAGGUGGCCGUGGCAACCGGCCUGGAGGUGCUGUACCAGGAGACCCCCAACUACCGCGGAGCGGCGGCCGAGGCUGACCGCAUGAUCGAGCCUAGGGAGAUGGCUAGGCAUGCCUGGCGAGUGCAAGACCUGGGUGUAGAGCCUGUUGUUAGUGCAGGUGAUGAGGCGGUGACUGAGGGGGGUUAG